AUGAACGUCCGAACGCUGGACUUCACCAAGUUCACCGGGACUGAUCAAGAGCGCAAGGAAUUCUGUCAGGGAUUCCUAGAUGGUAUUACUGACAUUGGCUUUGUCAAGCUGAUCAACCAUGGCUUGGACGACAAGACCAACUCUGAACUGUUCCAACAGAGCCGCAAUCUGUUCACACUUCCCCGGGAAAGCAAAGAAGAGUUUGCCAACGUUAUUGGUCCCAAGCCGCAACGCGGAUGGAGCUGCAUCGGCGCUGAGACCACUGCGACGUUGAACACGCCAGGAGUGAUCAACAUGGUCAGGGUCAACAACGAGGGUCUAAAGGACCUGAAGGAGCAUUUCGACAUGGGACCCGUCGAUGACCCCGAGUUUCCAAACGUAUAUCCAUCCGAGGAAAAAGCCCCCGGCUUCAAGGACUGGAUGGAGCAAUACUUCAUCAAAAGCCAGCACCUCUCCCUGCAGCUAAUGGAAGCUCUGGAGAUCGCGUUGGAUCUACCUAAGAGCGCUCUCGUCAAUCGAUGCGAGGGCCACGCGAGCGAGAUCAGAAUGAUCUACUACCCAGAAACCAACGUGAAGGAGCUCGCGGAUGGGAAAUCAAAGCGCAUCUGGCCACACACUGAUUUUGGUAUCCUAACUCUGUUGGCGCAGGGUAGCACGGGCGGUCUCCAGAUCGAGGACAAGAACAAUCCUGGGGGGUAUGUAUCUGUGCCCCUUGUCGAAAAGACGGAGCUACUCAUCAAUGUUGGGGACACACUUGAGCGAUGGAGCAACGGAAGGAUCCCCGCUGGGCUGCAUCAAGUUGCGGCUUCGGGUGAGACGGAAGACGGGACGUUGCCGGAGCGGUACUCGGUGGCAUUCUUCCUGAAGGCCAAUCGCAAGACGUCUGCUGGGCCUAUUCCUAUUUUUGUGCCAAAGGGCACCACGUCCAAGUAUGAGGAGAUGACUGCGCUUGAGUACCACCGACGCCGUACUGCAAUCAUGUACUAG